UCUUCUCUCCUAACUAGCUCUCCAGAUGGAGUUUCUUCUUUCACUUCCAACAAACACCAUAGCCACAAAAAUCUUUGCAGUUUUAUUACUCUACUUAUUUUUAAGGAUAUUCACAAAUGUACUAAAACCCAAGAAAUCCAAGACAUCCCCACCACAAGCCGGCGGAGCGUGGCCUUUGAUAGGCCACCUCCACCUCCUUAUCGGCCCACAGGCAUCAUACAUAACAUUAAGCAAGAUGGCCGACAAAUAUGGUCCAAUCUUCAAAAUCAAGCUAGGCGUACAUCCAACUCUUGUCAUAAGUAACUCCGAGCUUGCCAAAGAGUGUUUGACCACACACGACAAAGUCUUGGCCAACCGUCCAGCGACUGUGGCCAUGGAAAUCAUGGGCUACAACCAUGCCAUGUUCGGUUGGAGCCCAUACGGCCCAUAUUGGCGUCAAUUGCGCAAGCUAGUCACUGUUGAGCUUCUCUCCAAUCAAAGGCUCAAAACGUUUAAGCACAUAAGAGAAUCCGAGGUUAAGAAUUCCUUGAAAGAGAUGUACCAAUCAUGGGUUCAUAACAAAACCGGCGAUUCGAAUCAUGUUUCCGUGGACAUGACUAGAAUUUUUGGAGACAUAACCGGAAACCUGAUAUACAGGAUUGUUGUAGGUAAAGUGUAUGCAAGAAAGGGUGAGGGGGUUGUGAGAUGGAAACUAGUAGUGGGGGACUAUAUGAAGUUGUUGACCCACUUUAAUGUGGGUGAUGCGAUGCCGUUUAUGAGGUGGUUUGAUUUGGGAGGUUUGGAGAAGGCCAUGAAAAUUACAUUCAAAGAAUUAGACGGUUAUGUUGAAGAGUGGUUGGAAGAGCAUAAGAAGAAGAGAUCCAAUUCUGGUGGUCAUGGAAUUGUAGAGGAAGACUUCAUGGACGUGAUGCUCUCCAUCUUUGAUGAUGGUGGUCAACAGGAGUAUUGUACUGAUAAUAGUACUCACACAACUAACAAGGCCAUGUGCAUGGCUCUUAUAUUGGGGGCCUCUGAGACCACUAAGACUACUCUGACUUGGAGUCUAUCACUACUACUCAACAACCUUGACGUCCUAAAGAAGGUCAAACAAGAGUUGGCUGCUCACAUUGGUCCAGAAACACUAGUGACUGAAUCAGAUGUGAAUUCUCUUGUCUACCUUGAUGCAGUUAUAACAGAAACAUUACGAUUAUACCCUCUAGGUCCACUCGGGUUACCACACGAGUCUAUAGAGGACUGCACCAUAGCUGGUUAUCAUGUUCCAGCAAGGACUCGAAUUCUUUUCAAUCUGUGGAAGAUUCAUCAAGAUCCGCGAGUGUGGGAGAAUCCUUUGGAGUUCAAGCCUGAAAGGUUUCUUAAAGAGCAUAACAACAUUGAUGUUAGGGGAGGUCACUUUGAGUUAUUACCAUUUGGCAGUGGUAGAAGAAUGUGUCCUGGUGUGUCUUUUGCCCUUCAAGUUUUGAAGCUUACACUAGCUAAUAUGCUUCACGGCUUUGAUUUUGCAACUCCAAAUGAUGAACCAGUUGAUAUGACUGAAGUUAAUCACAUGGCCACUACCCGUGCAACGCCACUUGAAACCCUCAUUAGUCCACGCCUUCCAAGUCAUCUCUAUAUGGGGUGAACUGGAAUCGCAAUAAUAAUACUUGGACAAUUAUGUAUGUUUACUUUGUGUUGCUGGUUUGUAUGUCGCAUAAAUAAUUUGUGUUGCUGGUUUGUAUGUUGCUUAAAUAAUAAUAAUACCUAUCGUGUUUGAAUCUUUCUAA